GCGCGGCGCCUGCGGUUACGUCAGCAGCGCGACGCGGAGGCCGCGGGCGUUUGCGGAGUCCUUCAGUCACACGGACGGACGGGCGCCGCUGCCAGACCCAAUGGCUGUCCCACCAUCGUACUGUGACCUGGGGAAAUCUGCCAGAGAUGUAUUCAACAAGGGUUAUGGAUUUGGACUGGUUAAGUUAGAGCUGAAGACCAAGUCCUCCAGUGGAGUGGAAUUUACCACGACUGGCUCUUCCAACACAGACACGGGUAAAGCCACAGGUAGCCUGGAGACCAAAUACAAGAUCAAGGACUAUGGGCUUACGUUCACCCAGAAGUGGAACACGGACAACACCUUGGGCACAGAAGUGUCCAUGGAGGAUCAGUUGGCUGACGGGUUGAAGCUGGCACUUGACACCACAUUUGUACCAAAUACAGGAAAGAAGAGUGGGAAGUUGAAGACAUCCUACAAACGGGAGUACAUAAACUUAGGCUGCAACAUUGACGUUGACCUUUCUGGACCAACCAUCAAUGGCUGGGCUGUGCUAGGCUAUGAAGGAUGGCUUGCUGGCUAUCAGAUGGCUUUUGAUACCGCCAAAUCUAAACUGUCACAAAAUAACUUUGCAUUGGGAUACAAGGCAGGAGACUUCCAGCUGCACACUAACGUGAACGAUGGUACUGAAUUUGGUGGCUCUAUCUAUCAGAAGGUUAAUGAUAAGGUUGAGACAUCAGUAAAUCUUGCCUGGACUGCUGGCAGUAACAAUACACGCUUUGGCAUUGCUGCUAAGUACCAGCUGGAUGAAAAAACUUCUGUUGCGGCCAAAGUGAAUAAUGCCAGCCUGAUUGGACUUGGGUACACUCACACCCUUCGACCUGGUGUGAAGCUGACGCUCUCCGGCUUGGUUGAUGGCAAGAAUUUCAGUGCUGGAGGUCACAAGGUUGGGCUGGGGUUUGAGCUGGAAGUUUAAUGCAGUUUUCAGUGAUGCAGCAGAUCUGUUUCAGGAGAUGAAGGAAAAACAACCCCAACAUAUUUUGGCCUUAAUAUUCUGUGAAAUUUAAAAAAGUGUGAACUUUUUAUUCUUCCAAAGAAUUGUUGUAACUCAACACUGGAGUCUAGUGGGUGAAAAUUCACCAUAACAGGAGAAGGCAUGUAUGGAAGUUGUGAUGUUUGUGCCACAUUUACUUUCAGUUCCUCGGUGUUUUAAAAUUUGUUCCUCGCAGAGGGUAGCAUCUUGUUGAGACAGAAAAAUCCAGCCCUGCCCAUAAGCACAUCACGUAUUGCAUGUCCUGAACCUCACCACCUUUUAUAAAAUUGGUCUCUGUGCUGUAGUGUAAACUUUGAUUUUGCAUCAAAGUGAAAUAAAUCAGUCAUUUGAAACGUA